ACAAAUAGCCAACGCAUCUCCGAUCAUAGGCACUGGGGAGGGCGCUGCCAUGGCUUCGAAACGAACUUUUGAUUUAUUUUAUUUCUUCUUCUUUAAGCUCCAGACUCAACAACACAUCUAAUAAUUAUUAUUAGAAUCUUUCACAAAAAGAAACCCAAAUUCUCAAUAGAACCUAACGUUAAAUUCCACAAGAAUUCGAUUAAGCUUCGUAUAAACCCUUAAAGGACGAAUUCACAUGCGAAAAGUAGUUGCAACUAAAGGCUUAUUCUAUAGCAGACAAGAUAUUCAACUUUUGCUUUCAUGUGCUUUGGCACAACAGUAUUGUCAUGCACAACCGUGUUGACAGGGUUUGCAACACAGAUAAUGCAUACAAACUGGUGCAAUGGCAUCAUCUGGUAAAUUUGAUCUUUCAUCUAGUAGCAGUCCAGGUAGACCAUUAUAUACUUCCGGGAAACGUGGGUCCCAUACAGCUCCAUCAAUGGAGAGAUCAACCAGUUUCCGUGAAAACAUUGAAAAUCCAAUCCUAUCUUCUCUUCCAAGCAUGUCAAGAAGCACUGUAAAUGUAAGUCAAGGGGAAGUGACUAAUUUCUUUCAAUGCUUGCGGUUUGACCUUAAGUCAAUGGCUGCUGAAUAUAAAUGUAAUCGAUUUGGGGAUUUCAAAAGACUUGCAAGUGCUGCACUUUGUGCACCAGAUGAUUCACCUUCUGGUUUGUUAAAAGGCAAGUUUCCAUCUUCAUCACCUGAGAAUAUCAAAAGACUUAAAGUUGGUUUGCGUGAAUCAACCAUCAAAGCCAGGGAGAGAGUGAAGAUUUUUAGUGAUGUAUUGUCAGUAAUGAACAAGUGUUUUCCAAGUAUACCCUCGAGGAAAAGAUCUCGACCAGAUGCUUUUUCUGUUGGCAAGAUGGGUACCACUAGUGGUUUUGAGUAUGAGCAACAGAAGGUUGAAGAGAGGGGCAAAAAUGUCGUUCCCAAUAAACGAACCAGAACUUCUAUGGUGGAUCAAAGGGCAGAUGUGCGACCAAACACUCCUGCUAGAUCAUCUGGAUCUGUAGAUAGGGAAAGAGAAGUUCUAAGACUUCCCAAUACUAAUGUUCUUCAAGGUGAGGAAAGAGUAAUUCCAGUUGUAGCGGAUGGAUGGGAAAAAGCUAAAAUGAAGAAGAAACGCACUGGAAUGAAAGCUGAUGCUACUCUAAGUGCAAGCUCAGUGUCAGCGAAACCUAUUGAUGGAAUCAGGGAUUCCAGGGUUCACCCAAGGAGUCUUCUUGAUGCUAGGUCAAGGUUAAAUGAUUCCCAUGGGUUCAGGCCAGGAGCUGUGAAUGUGAGAGAAGACUUCAUUUCUGGUAGUUCCUCUUCUACCCCUAAAUUGCAUGCAACUGCACGAGGUCCAAGAUCAGGGACAGGUGGCAUACCUAAACUGCCACAUGGACAAAGGGCAACUGUUUCUAAUAACAUGGAGUCACAGUCACAGGCACAGUCACCACAUGGUACAAGUAAGAACCCUAGUGCCAUGGGCCCCACCAAUCGUAAACGUACUCUAUCAACACCAACACAGUCAUCAUCGCCACCUGUCGCCCAGUGGGCUGAGAGGAGGCCUCAGAAGAUCUCACGUACUGCAAGGAGAACGAAUCUUGUCCCUGUUGUAUCCAAUGAUGACGUGUCAACUUUGGGUAAUAGUGAUGCAACUGUUAGUGAAAAAAGACGAGGGUUUGCAAAAAGAUUUCCUAAGCAGUUCAAGUCAAAGGUUGACCAUACGUUAUCAGAAAGUGAGGAGUCAGGGGCUGCUGAAGUAAGUGAAGAGAAAGGUGGAUCGAGUGUUCAAAAGAUGUCUAAUUUAGUCCUUUCAACAAGAAAGAAUAAGUUCAUGACUGGUUUUGCUUCUGCAAUAUCUAUUGGAACAGCAAAACAACUUAAAAGUGGAAGACUUGGUGUUGAUAAGCCUGAAAGUAAAAUAGGCCGGCCUCCCACAAGGAAACUCUCAGGUCGGAAAGCUUAUAUGAGACAAAAGCAUUCAUCCAUUACUACCCCUACGGAUUUUCUUGUUACUUCAGAUGAUGGGAAUGGAGAGCUUUUGGCUGCUGCAAAUGCUGUUAUCAAUCCUAAUCCUGGUUUUGUUUCAUCCAGUCCUUUUUGGAGUCAGAUGGAUCGACUUUUUGGUUUUGUAUAUGAUGCUGAUGUGGCCUACAUAAAGCAAGAGGGAAGUAUACGAUCUACUGUUAACACUGCAAAUUCAAUAGAUUAUUGUGAUACACACUCGAAUGGAAGUUUUGAACCUCCAAAAACUGAAACAGAAUGCAGUAGUGAAUCCUCAGAACAUGUAAUGUCUGGAACUUCCCUCUGUCAGAGGCUUCUUGCUGCUCUAAUUUCUGAAGAAGAUGACAAUGAUUACACCUGGCAUGGAAAUGAUGUUUAUGAAUCUGCAUUUGAGCCUGAAACAGAUGGAAGUUUUUUAAGCAGUUACAGGAUGGAUUCACCAUUAAGAGAUACAGGCUUUGAUGAUUGCUACAAGGGUCUACUAGUUUCAGAACCUACUGUUGUAACAUGUUCUCAAUAUCAGUAUGGAAACAUGUCCAUGGAUGAAAGACUUCUCAUGGAGAUUCAUAGUCUUGGACUCUAUCCAUCACCUGUGCCGGAUUUAGUACAGACUGGAGAUGAAGAUGUCAGCAUAGAUAUCCGCAGGCUGGAAGAAAAACAUCACCAACAGGUUUCCAGAAAGAAAAGUCUACUCAACAAGCUUUUAAAGUCUACUGAGGAAGCAAGGGUGUUACAUGAGAAGGAAUUCGAACAACUUUCUCUUGAAAAGCUCACAAGAAUCGCUUAUCAUAAAUACAUGAAUUGUUGGGGUCCAAAUGCACCCGGGGGUAAAGGUGUCAAUGGAAAAAUGGCUAAGCAGCUUGCUUUAGAGUGUGUGAAACGGACAUUAGAGAGAUGUCAUGAAUUUGAAACAACUGGAAAAAGCUGCUUCUCUGAGCCUUUAUUUAUGGACAUGUUCCUAUCUGGAUUAUCACACUAUAAUGAUAAUAACACACAACAAAGCCCCUCGUUGACCAACUUUGACUCGUAUCCACCCGAUACACUAAACCAUUCAUCUGAUCAAGGUAAAGAGGAUGACGUCUGGCCAAUCAGGGGUAAGAAGCGGGAAUUAUACCUUGAUGACGUGGCGGGUACACCUACAUCAUCUGGAAAAGGAAAGAGGAGUGAUAGGGAAAGGGAAAGGGAAGGGAAAGGGAAUGGAAUCAGAAAUGGAGGUCCUAAAAUCGGGCGACCCACGGUAUCUGGGAACGGUGAAAGAAAGAGUAAAGCAAAGAUAAAACAGAAAACAAGUCAGGUAUCUUCAGUUCCGAUUCCGGUUCCAGUUCCGAUUCCGAUUCCGAUUCCGAAGGUCGAGGAAAAGGAAAAGAAUGAGUGUAUGUUAUUGUUAGAGGAUCCACUUGAUUUGUCCCACCUUCAGCUCCCCGAGUUUGAUGUGGAUGUGGGACAAGGGCAGGACAUAGGUUCAUGGUUGAACAUUGGAGAUGAGGUGUUACAAGAUGAUGACUUUUUGGGACUUGAGAUUCCAAUGGAUGAUUUAACAGAUUUGAAUAUGAUGGUUUGAAAAGGUUGUUGUUAUGUUGUAUAGAUGAUAUAUCGAGUAUACUAGUUACAGUCACAGUCACAGUUACAGAUAACCUGUCGAGUCGGUGUUUUUACUUUUUAGGGUAUGAUUCUUUUGAAAAGGCGUGGAAAAGUGAGAGGUGUUUAAGAUAGGGAGUUAAGUUAGGUUGUAAAAAUCUUUUUUGCUACCUAUAUAUAAGUGUAUUAUGGUUGUAGCAUUUAGUGAUUAGGGCACAAUGGCUCUUUCUUGUACAUGCAAAUUACGUUUCUAAUAAGAUCAAUUCAUUUAUAAGGCAU